AUGGAUCGGAAGGCAGCAAAUUUUGUUCACUCACAAGCCGUUUCUAGAGACUACAUAUCACAGCCUCGUAUAACUUACAAAACCGUCUCAGGAGUAAAUGGACCUCUCGUCAUACUUGAUGAUGUAAAGUUUCCUAAAUUUGAUGAGAUUGUGAGACUAACUCUUGCUGAUGGUAGUCAGCGAACGGGACAAGUUUUAGAAGUUUGCGGCAAAAGAGCCAUUGUUCAGGUAUUCGAGGGUACUAGUGGCAUUGAUGCGAAGAACACUGUAUGUGAAUUCACAGGAGAUAUCCUCCGUACACCUGUGUCAGAAGAUAUGCUAGGUCGUAUAUUCAAUGGUUCUGGAAAACCAAAAGAUAAAGGUCCAGCAAUCCUUGCAGAAGAUUAUCUCGACAUUCAGGGUCAACCAAUAAAUCCAUGGUCACGCAUUUAUCCAGAAGAAAUGAUCCAAACUGGCAUAUCAAGCAUCGAUGUGAUGAAUUCGAUUGCACGUGGCCAAAAGAUUCCCAUAUUUUCCGCUUCUGGUCUACCUCACGAUGAAAUCGCUGCCCAGAUAUGUCGUCAAGCUGGUCUUGUCAAGUUACCCGGAAAAAGCGUUACAGAUAGUGAUGUAGACAAUUUCGCCAUUGUAUUCGCGGCAAUGGGUGUUAAUAUGGAGACUGCUCGGUUUUUCAUGCAAGAUUUUAAGGAAAAUGGUUCAAUGGAGAAUGUGUGUCUGUUUUUAAAUUUGGCGAACGAUCCAACUAUCGAGCGCAUCAUAACACCUAGAAUCGCUCUUACAACAGCCGAAUAUUUGGCCUAUCAAUGUGAAAAACAUGUGUUAGUUAUCCUUACUGAUAUGAGUUCAUAUGCAGAAGCAUUGCGUGAGGUGUCAGCAGCUCGUGAGGAAGUGCCAGGACGUCGUGGUUUCCCAGGUUAUAUGUACACUGACUUGGCUUCAAUUUACGAGCGAGCUGGUCGGGUCGAAGGUCGAUCAGGGUCAAUCACGCAGAUUCCAAUUCUAACUAUGCCUAAUGAUGAUAUUACUCAUCCUAUUCCUGACUUAACAGGUUAUAUUACAGAGGGUCAAAUUUAUGUUGAUCGUCAAUUACAUAACAGACAGAUCUAUCCUCCAAUCAACGUGUUACCGUCGUUGUCACGUUUGAUGAAAUCUGCCAUUGGUGCGAAUAUGACUCGUGAAGAUCAUUCUGAUGUGUCCAAUCAGUUGUAUGCAUGUUACGCAAUAGGAAAAGAUGUCCAAGCAAUGAAAGCUGUUGUUGGUGAAGAAGCAUUAAGUCCUGAGGACUUACUUUAUUUAGAAUUUCUAACAAAGUUUGAGAAAAAUUUCAUUUCUCAAGGUGCUUAUGAAAACCGUAGUGUAUUCGACUCAUUAGAUGUUGGUUGGGAACUCCUGCGUAUAUUCCCAAAAGAAUUGUUAAAACGAAUUCCAUCAAAAAUAUUAGAAAAAUACUAUCCUCGUUAA